AUGCAAUCUUUCGCUAUUGCUGCGGCGCUUGCGCCUGCUGUUCUCGCAGCUCCUCAGGGCUGGGGUGGCUAUGGCCAAGGUGGUCACCAGUGGGGAGCCGCUCCUGUGGCACCAACAACUGCGACCACCACAUCGACCACCACCACAACUCAGGCGACUCAGUGGGAAGAUGUUUCCAGCUCGACUGUUGCUCCUACCACCGCUACUACCACAACAACCCAGGCUCACUGGGAAGAUGUAAGCAGCUCAAGCGUUGCGCCUACCACUGCCACCACAACCACCACCCAGCAGAGCAAAUGGGAAGACGUCACCUCAUCGAGCGUUGCUCCCAUCACCACAACCACCACCACUGCCAACUACGUCUGGUCGGAAACACCUGUUGCACCCGCCACCACCUCCACUACGACCACCAAGAACUACGUCUGGUCCGAGACUCCUGUUGCACCUACCUCCAAGACAACAACGACCACGACCACCUCGCAGACGUACGCUCAGACAUGGGCUGAUGCUUGGUCAGAGACUCCUGUUGCUCCUACUUCCAAGACAACCACCACAACAACGGCUGCCUGGUCGAACUAUGUUUGGUCCGAGACUCCAGUUGCGCCUGCUACUACCACUACCACAACCACCGCUGCUUGGUCAAAUUACGUUUGGUCGGAGACUCCUGUCGCACCGGUGACCACUACGACCACAACUGCCGCCUGGUCCAACUAUGUCUGGUCAGAAACGCCCGUCGCCCCUGCCACAACCACCACUACCACAGCGGCUUGGUCCAACUAUGUCUGGUCUGAGACACCUGUUGCUCCCACAUCCAAGACAACCACGACCACCGCCGCUUGGUCCAACUACGUCUGGUCGGAGACCCCAGUAGCACCCGCAACCACGACAACAACCACUGCCGCCUGGUCCAACUAUGUCUGGUCAGAAACCCCGGUCGCCCCUGUCACCACCACAACCACCGCAGCUUGGUCCAACUACGUCUGGUCCGAGACACCAGUCGCACCAGUCACAACCACUUCCGCCACCGGUUGGGUCCCAGUCUCAAUCGUCACCACCACCACCCCGAAGCCUGUGUCCCCUACCACCGUCAGCAGCAGCGGCUGGAACGAUGUCACAACUGUCAAGCCAUCUUCCUCAUCAUCCAGCGUCAAGCCCUCCGCUACCUCGACUCAGCCCGCUCCCUUCACUGGUGCCGCUGCCACCACUUCAUCGAGCAAGGUUGUUGCUGUCUUCGGCGCUAUUCUCGCUGCUGUUGCCAUGCUAUAA